AUGACAAAUAAAUCUCAGGACAGGAGCUUGCCACUUGUCACAAGUUCUUCAGAGUGCUGCCGCUUAACUCUUCUCCAAUCCUUCUCUAGUGGAAACAUUACAGUAUUGCUGAGAGCAAAGAUGGGCGCAGCAGAGUCAUCUUCCAAGCCUGGUGGUUCCGUCCAUGACUUCGUCGUUAAGGAUGUAAGAGGAAACGAUGUGGAGCUCAGCAGAUACAAGGGGAAAGUCCUGCUUAUUGUGAAUGUCGCAUCUCGAUGUGGUCUGGCAAAUUCCAACUACACGGAGCUGGGCCAACUCUAUGAGAAAUACAGGGAGAAAGGAUUGGAGAUAUUGGCGUUCCCCUGCAAUCAAUUUGCCGGACAGGAACCAGAUAGCGAUGAGAAGAUUGUGGAGUUUGCUUGCAAUCGCUUCCAAGCAGAGUUUCCUAUUUUUCGCAAGAUCGACGUGAAUGGCAACAAUGCUGCCCCGCUGUACAAGUUCUUGAAGUCAGAGAGAGGCGGUCUAUUUGGAGAGCGUAUCAAAUGGAACUUCACCAAGUUCCUAGUUGACAAAGAGGGGCACGUCAUGAACAGAUAUGCACUGACCUGGUCCCCACUCGGCAUUGAGAAUGACAUCAAGAAGCUGUUGGAGGUUUGA